GCUCUGACCGCGGGAGCCGCCGCCCGUCCCCGCCCCUCCUCCCGCUGCCUUCGCCCUUCCGUCUUGCAUCUUUCCGCCGCAGCCCGCCGAGGAGCGAGAGUGAAGAUGAGCUGUGAAGAGAUUCCUGUGUAUGCAGUAAAAUUUGGAGAAAACUUCUGCCUCUAUUUUGAAGAUGAUGAUGGGCUGGAAUGUGAUGCCUUCAGGAAGGACAAAAUUCUCCAGCGAGUCCUUCGAAAUGUGAACAGCCAGCUGCUUGUGGUUCGGCCGGACCUCAACGUGGCAGCUUUUGAGGACGUGACAGAUCAGGAGAUUAAACCUGGCAAUGGAAUGCAGUUCAACAUUCACUAUUACAACACCACCCCCCCCUCAGCAGGGAGGCCUGUGGCAUUCAGCGUCCGGGUAGCAGAUAAAAGCUAUUACCUGUGCUGUGAGAAACAAUGUGGGAAAAUGAUGGUUCAGUUUAGGGAAGGAGAAGUUCCCAAGGACAUUCCUGGCGAAAGCAAUGCCAUCUUUUUCAAAAGGACAUUCACAUCCUGUAGCUCUGGAGCAUUUAAGUUUGAAUACUCACUGGAACAAGGAAUGUUCUUGGCCUUUGAGGAGGAAGGCUGCUUAAGAAAACUAACUCUAAAGAAAUCCAGAGAAGAUGAAGUGGAUGAAACCAUGAAGAUAUGUUUCUAACUUCAUAGAAUUGUUAGGGUUGGAAGGGACCUCAAGGAUCAGCCAGUUCCAACCCCCCCUGCCAUGGGCAGGGACACCUCACACCACAGCAGGUUGCUCACAGCCACAUCCAGCCUGGCUGCAAACACCUCCAGGGCUGA